AUGUGGGGUGGCAUUGUUGGCAACGUCGUAAUUCUCCAUCCUUUGCCGGACGCUAUGAACGGCGCCAAUUAUCUGACGUUCCUACAAGAAGUGCUGCCGGAAGCUCUGGCGCAGCUACCACCUGAUGAACGUCCUCAGUGGUUCCAGCAUGAUGGUGCACCGACGCAUACAGCAGCGCAGGUGACAGAGUACCUGAAUGCAACGUAUCCCAAUUCUUGGAUCGGGAGAAACGGUCCCUUUCCAUGGCCUCCAAGGUCACCAGACUUGACACCUCUGGAUUUUUUCUUGUGGGGUUACAUGAAAGGAGUCGUUUACGAGACAGAACCUGAGGAUCAGUUUGAGACGAUGGCGAGAAUUCAGGUGGCAUACCUAAACAUUACUCCUGACAUGAUGGAGAAAGUCAGGACAGAUUUAAUAAGACGCUGCCGUCUUUGCAUCCAAGUUGGAGGAGGAACGUUUGAGCAGCUGCUCUAA